GCUCGGGCAAGCGUAUAUCUUAUGUUCAUCAUCUUGAAGAGAAUGUUGCCUCUUUAAGUAACGCCAUGAACGAGCUCAAAAACAUAAGCCAAGAUGUAAAGAGAAGGGUUGACUUUGCUGUGGAACAAGACUUUCAGUGUACCAACCAAGUGAAGGGCUGGUUGGAAAGUGUGGAAGCCAUGGAAGAAGGAGUGAAUCAAAUUCUGCAAAAGGGUAAUGAAGAAAUCCAGAACAAGUGUCUUGGAAGUUGUCCCAAGAACUAUUGGUCUAGUUACGCGCUUGGCAAGGGAGUGGCUAAAAAGCUAGAUGCUGUAAGAAAACUUGUGGGAAAAGGACAAUUUGAAACUGUGGCUCACAAGUUGCAGCAUAAUUUUGUGGGUGAGAUGCCCGUGGAAAAAACCCUGGGCUUGGACUUGACCUUGCUUGAGGUUUGGAGAUGCAUUCGGAGCGAGAAUGUGGGAAUCAUUGGCUUGUAUGGCAUGGGCGGUGUUGGAAAAACAACGCUUUUGAAGAGGAUCAACAAUGAGUUUUUUGGUACGAGAAACGACUUUGACGUAGUCAUCUGGGUUGUGGCAUCCAAAGAAGCAAGUAUAUCAAAAAUUCAGGAUGCUAUUCAAGACAGAUUACAAAUCCCAGAUGAUGAGUGGAAAUCCAAUCGAGUAGAAGAAAGAUCCAUUACGAUAUACAGGACUUUACGAGGGAAAAAGUUUGUGUUGUUACUAGACGACGUCUGGAAGCAGUUUGAUCUCUUGAAAGUCGGGGUUCCUAUUCCAGAUAUUCAUAAUGGUUCCAAAGUAAUAUUCACAACCCGUUCCAAGGAGGUGUGUGGCCAAAUGGAGGCUGAUAAGUGCAUUCGUGUAGAGUGCUUGGAACAAGAGAAGGCCUUGGAUUUAUUCUUGGAAAAGGUCGGAGAAGAAGCUCUAAGUUCUCAUCCAACUAUACCACACCUUGCUAAAGCUGUUGCUGAAGAGUGCAAAGGUUUGCCACUUGCUCUUAUCACCGUUGGGCGUUCCAUGGCUAGUAGGAAGAAACUCGAGGAUUGGGAACGUGCAAUCGAGUUAUUGAGGAGCUACCCCUCAAACUUUUCAGGUAUUGUGGAUUGUGUUUAUCAUCUUCUUGAGUUCAGCUAUGAUAGCCUGCCUAAUGCGACUACUCAGUCUUGCUUCCUAUAUUGCUCCUUGUUCCCCAAGGGCUCUAGCAUUAGAAAGACUCGGCUUAUUGAUCUUUGGAUAGGAGAGGGGUUCUUAGAUGAGUUCGAUGACAUACAUGAUGCACGUAAACAAGGAGAAGAAGUUAUUUGGUCCUUGAAGCUGGUAUGCUUAUUGGAAAGUGGCGAAUCAGAAGAAUUUGUGAAGAUGCAUGAUGUGAUCCGUGACAUGGCAUUGUGGUUAGCUUGUGAGCGCGGCCAAAAGAAGAACAAAUAUCUUGUUAAAGAGAGUGUAAGGCCCGCAGGGGCAAACAAGUUUGUAAAAUGGAAGGAAGCAGAAAGGAUAUCCUUGUGGGGUCAAGAUAUUAGGAAUCUGGAUGGUGUGAUGCUUUGUCCCAAGGUUGUUACAUUGCUAGUUACCGGUACCUUUAUGGGGACAUUUCCAAGUGAAUUGUUUGAAUCCAUGCAUGCCUUGGCAGUACUGGACUUCUCAGGUAAUGAAAGUCUAACCUCGUUGCCUAAGGGAAUUGGUAACUUAAGAAACCUGCAAUAUCUCAAUUUGUCUGGAACAGCUUUAAGGGCAUUGCCUGUUGAGAUUAAGAAUCUCAAAAAAUUGAAGUGUUUAUUACUAAAUGAUACUUAUAGUCUAAUUGAUAUCCCAAGGGAAGUUAUGUCAAGUCUUCCAUCUUUGCAAGUGUUUAGUAGAUUACAAAGCCCUAGUCAUAUGAACUCCUGCCCACAAUAUGAUGAAAGGGCCUUGUUGGAAGAGUUGGAGUUCUUGGGACUCAUUGAGGAUAUAUGUAUUACCAUAUUUAAUUCCCUCUCUGUUCAAAAACUACUAAACAGUAGUAAGUUACAUUGGUGCAUCAGAAAUCUCACAAUUGUGUGGUGUUUCACUUCAUUCAACAUAUCAACUUCAUCUCUCAGCAGAUUGGAGUAUAUGGAAACUCUUGAGAUAUGGAAUGCCAAUCCUCUUCGAAUCGAUGUGGAACAGAAAACGAUGCAAGGUUCUCUACCCAACAGGCACAUUCCCAGCACCUCAAGAAUCACAGGGCUUGAACAAAUGCGAAACCUUCGCGUUCUUGUGGUCGUUCAGUGUGAAAUGUUGGAAAUGAAUUGGCUCAUUUACGCUCAACGACUUCAAACUCUCCAAGUCAUCGACUGCUUAUCAAUUAGAGAAGUUCUGAGUGAUGGUUCCGGGGAGGAAAUUAGACAUGAAAAUCGGAAUGCAUUCUCGUGUCUCACAACGAUUCAUUUGCAAGGCCUUCCGAGGCUAAAGAACAUAAGCCUGCAAGCCCUGGCCUUGCCUUUACUGAAGGAGAUUGAAGUGUUGAAUUGCCCAAGUCUAGAGAAGCUUCCAUUUGAUUCCAACACUAGUGCAAAGGAAAGUUUGACGGAAAUUAGAGGACAGAGGGAUUGGUGGGAUAAGCUGCUGUGGGAUGAUGAAAUUGUUAGGAAUGUGUUCAGUUCAAGAUUUGUGUCCUUGGAUGGAAUUUCUAUGUGGGACCAAGACUCUCCCCCAACUCUCUCUCUUCCUUUGAUUGUGUCUAGACUGCCAUCCUUGCCUCCUACUUAAUUUGCAUCAUUCAUAUUUUAUCUUACUGAGUGCCAUACAUACUUUUAUA